CAGGUUCCACCGUUCCAGUAUUAAUUGAUUAGGUCAAUGUAUUUUGGUUCAAGGGACAUGCCUGUGCGUUUGCUAAGGCAGGAGAUGGCAAAGGAACAACCGCUUCUUCCUGGUUCAUGGUGGGUAGUAGGAUGCAGCUUUCGUUAUCUUGCCAUUUUCCUCCUCUCGAUAUUGUUUUCCAUUGCUUUUUAUUGCAAUAGAGAGGGCAGACUAUUUCAAAGACGACUUGAAAGCUUUUCUUCUGUACAAAUCCAUGGGGUCUUAGCCUCAAACUGCAACUUAUUUGCCGGCACGUGGGUUUAUGACAACAAAUCUCUUCCUCUAUACAAAGAUUCGAAUUGUUCAUUCAUGUUUGAUGAUUUGGCUUGUGAAAAGUACGGAAGAAAGGACCUGGACUAUCAGUACUGGAGAUGGCAGCCCGAUAACUGUGACCUCCCGAAAUUUGGUGCCAAAGCACUUCUCGAUAAACUGAGGGAUAAACGGCUUGUGUUUGUUGGGGAUUCCUUGAACCGGAACCAAUGGGUUUCACUUGUCUGCUUAAUUGAAUCAUCAAUUCCUUCGAGCUUGAUGAAAUCAAGAAGUUUAAAGGGAAGCUUGUAUAGCUUCAAUGCCAAAGAAUAUAACGCAACAAUUGAUUUUUACUGGGCUCCGUUGCUGGUCGAAUCAAACUCAGACGAUCCGUCCAACCAUCACUUGAGCGAUCGAGCCGUUAGGGUCGAAUCAAUUGCAAAGCAUGCUAAGCAUUGGGCAGAUGCAGAUAUUCUCAUAUUCAAUUCUUACCUUUGGUGGAAAGUGGCCACCAUGAAGGUCUUUCAGGAAUCCCUUGAAAACUCGACUGCAGUCUACAAAGAAAUGGAGUCUCGGAAGUGUUACGAGAUGGCCCUGAAGACAUGGUCAAAGUGGGUGCUUGGGAAUGUGGACGGUAAUAAAACACGAUUGUUCUGGAUGAGCAUGUCGCCGCCUCAUACCCUGUCUUCGAAUUGGGGCAGGCCGCAUGAUGAGUUAAAAUGCUACAAUGAGACACAACCUAUCACAAAAGAAGAGCUCCGAGGAAGCGAAUCGGAUCCUGAGAUGAUGCGUUCGACGGAGAGGGCAGUUGAGAGCUUACAUGGGAGAGGGGUGAAGAUAGAUCUCCUCAACAUAACUGGACUCACGGAGUACAGAAAGGACGGCCAUCCAACAGUUUACAGGAAACAGUGGAGGCCUCUUACCCAAGAACAAUUAGCCAACCCUUUAACUUACGCCGAUUGCACGCAUUGGUGCCUUCCCGGCGUUCCUGAUGUCUGGAAUCAUUUGCUUUAUACUUACCUUGUCUAAUAAUUCCUAUCUACUGCUACUACUUCUACUUCGUAUGUAGCAGCCUUUUGUGAUAGAUGGAGAGGUAGAGCAGAUAUUGGUAUAUUUUGAAGAUAUUAAUGAAAUUAGAGAGAGUUUGGAGAUAAUGGAGGGUGAGUUUUCAAUCAAUCGGAUAUA